AUGGUGGGAAAACGUCAGUGGAAUAAUGAAGGCGCUCGCCAUCGCGGCCGUCACGUCGGCGAAGAAACAAACCACGAUGAACACCCUCGCGAUCUCGAAACAGGUCGCUACUCAUACUACGACCCCAACAAGAAAUCCCGUCCCAAACCACGAAUAAUGCAAUUCCAAGAUGCAGCGCGCACAGCUCUCGAAGACGCCCGUCGCGGGGAGAUCAAGCGCGCAUUACUCCACGGCAUCGAUCGUCAAGGACUCGAGAAGUACAGAAAAUCAGAAGAGGAGCUCAAGGCGAUGAAGAAUAAAAAGAUCCGUGCUUUUUACGAGCAGCAGAACGAGCGGCUUAAUGAUUGGCUCGAGGUAGAUGCCGUGGUGAUGGCGAUAGCGGAUGAUGUACUAGAGAGCAUGAAUCCUGAUCCGGACCAUGAUGGUGAUCAGGAGAGAUGUGGAGGGAUUCAGCGUGUAGAGGGCAGGAUCGGAGAGUUGUUGCCUGAGGAGGAGAAGGAGAAGAGGAGGAAAGCUGCGAGAAAGGCGAAUUUGGCUAUCAAUAUCAACGUGAUAGCUAAUAUUCUUCUUUUAGCAGGAAAGGCUUUUGCUGUGUUCACGACGGGGUCGCUAUCGCUCGUUGCGUCGCUUGUAGACUCAGCGCUAGAUUUACUGUGUACGCUCAUCGUGUGGUCGACGAGUAGACUUGUGCUGUGGCGCUUGCAAGCGAUGCAGCGACGAUUCCCCGUUGGACGGAGACGGUUGGAGCCACUGGGUAUUCUGGUGUUUUCGAUCAUCAUGGUCAUUUCGUUUCUGCAGAUUCUGCAAGAGUCGUUCUCGAGAUUGCUGAAGCACUCUGAGGCGGAGAUUCUGAGCUGGGCUGCUAUUGCGUCUCUGCUCGCGACGAUUAUCCUCAAGGGAGCUAUUGGUCUGGGAUGUCGACCUAUCAAGUCAAGUCAGGUACAAGCUCUUGUGCAGGACUGCAAAACGGACGUCAUCUUCAACACGCUCUCACUCCUCUUUCCACUGAUCGGAUACCGCGCAAACGUAUGGUGGCUCGACCCCGUUGGCGCUGGGUUACUCUCACUCUUCAUCAUCUACGACUGGGGACACACAUGUUUCGAGAACGUGGUCCGGCUCUCGGGCGAAGCAGCUGACGACCACACGCUCAAGAAGCUCAUCUACCUGGCCUAUCGCUUCGCGCCCGUGGUAGCGGGAUUCAAGAACGUCACGGCGUAUCAUGCUGGAGAUGGCGUCUGGGUUGAGUUUGACGUGUUGCUGGAUGAGAAGACGCCGCUGAAUAGAUCGCAUGAUAUCGCGGAGACGCUGCAGUAUUGUGCGGAGGGGUUGGGGGUUGUGGAUAGGGCGUUUGUGACGACGGAUUAUGCGGCGAGUGGACCUUUGGGACACGCGCUGGAUUCGGAGUGGAAUCAUUAG